AUGGAGCCAAUCGAAGAUCUACUUUCAGAGCUUACUGAUGCGUUCAAAACUCAAAAGGAGGACCUUAUUGCGCUGGUAACACUAAUCGAUAUUUAUAGUGAACAAGUUGACCAGGAAGGCACGUUUGAUGAGAAGGCUAAAUUCAUUGAAACCCUAAGGGGAUUGUUAGAGGAGAAUCCGACCAUUACUGGUGAAAUUGGCUGGGAUGUACCCAAAGGCCUAUUAAAAUUCUUGUCAAAAGAGAAUAUCGAUGUAAGCAAAGUAUUAUGUGUUAAUAAUAUUAUUCACGGUGUAAUGAGGUGUUUCUAUGUAAUUUCGAUUCAUGGAGAACCGAAAAAAUGUCUGGUUACUGGUUUGGAAUUGCUUUCAGCCCUUUCUGUUGAAGAUGUUUCUGAAAACAAUGAUCAACAAAAUAAAGAGGAGUUUGUCAAUGAGCAAGCUGCUGCGCCAGCUCCUGCAGAAACGGUUACUAAAAGUUCUGAUCCGAGCGACAGUUCUUAUUAUGGUGAAAGGAAAAACAUAAAGGAAUUCUUUUUAACGUUGAAAGCUUACAUUCUAUUUGAGUUUAUUGGAGCGAACCUCAAAAGAAUCUCCACUUUGUAUCCUUCAAAAUACCUAGGAGCUGCUGUGGCAACGAUUGAGAAAUUCGUUUAUGACCACGCUGAUUCAUUUGAAGACGCACUUUUCCUUCUUCGUAGGGUUUAUACAUUUUGCAGGAAUUACAUUCCCCCAGACACGCCGAAAGAUAUACAGCUAAACGCACAAUUUACUCAAGAAAUGCUUGAUAAAGUAGUAGAGAAAGAAAGCGAGUUACAAGUGAGACUUUUACGUAGGCUCUGCACAUUUGGAAUUUCGUCGCCUAUCAAAACUGUCAACACCAAUCCUGAUACAAAAUACUACUGCGCACUAAAUCAUCAAAAGUUUCAACCAACGGUAUAUUACACCGAACUGCUUGAGUUAUAUUGUAGGUUUUAUCAACUGGCGUAUUCGCUUGAUGUUGAUAUAAAAGCAGAAUUUCAGAACGUAUUAAAAGAAUGCAGAAUAAUUUACAAAUCUGUACCACAAGAGGCUGACGCUGUUAAUGAUGAAGCGAAGUUGGUCAUGGAAAGAAUGGUAUAUAAACUAGCUUAUACUUUUGAAGUACAAAAGGCUGCAAAAGAAAGGAGCGUUGGCUUAGAUCUUAAUGGUAUUGUUUUGUUUUCUGGUAUCAAUUAUUUAGAGACCAAUGAACAUCUGGUACAGAAAAUUACAAUCACGGAUGCCAUUUAUCUUUACUUAAGAUUUACCACCCCUUCAUUAUAUUCCAAAGUGUACCAUAGUGUAGCAGUUGAAUCUGUUAAUCGUUAUUGGCUAUGGUAUGCAAUCACAACUGAGUCUUUGGAAAAUGUUAAAACGGAACUCAAAAACCUUUCAGUAUUUGUUACAAAAGCUUUGUUACAGGUUCUACUUAUUAAGAAUUGUGUUCAAGUCAAUCACCAGUUACGAAUGAUAACUUUCACCCUCCUCACGAGACUACUAUGUUUGGUUCCCGAGAACGUUGCAUUUGACUUUAUUUUGGAUGUUCUCAAGAUAUGUCCCUUCCCAUUGGGCAAAACAUCUGUAUUGUGUAUCCUAAAAGAUCUUUCAAGGCAACGCGUUUCCAAAAGAGAUGAUAAUCCUGAAACCAGUUCAAUCAGUGAAGGACUGUCAAAGCUGGGAAUCAAUGAAGAUCAAAAGCCUAAGAAAGGAAACAUCAAAUAUUAUAUUCAAUUAGAUUCUUCCAAAAUGGCAGCUGUCCAUGAAUGCUGUUUACGAACUAUCCACGACUCAUUUACUACAGACGCUAAGAAAAGCGAGAUAUUGUUGUUAUCGACUUAUUUGAAUUUUCUCAUCGUACUGAGAGAACAAUGGGAUAGAGAAUUAUUGGAAAUCGUUUACUCAACAAUUUACUCUAGAUUGGAACUGAUUGGAUCCGAUGCACUUUCAAACUAUAAAGAAAUUGUAGAUGCAAAUAAGUCUUUAAAGUAUUACUUAAACACUAUGUAA